AUGGAAAAGGCAGUUCGAAGAGCAACAAAACCUAAGCGUGCAGCUCCAAAAGCAAAAUAUUUAAAAGUUUUACUAGACGCAACGUCGGAUGAAGUUAGUUUAACGUCUACGCUAAAGUAUAUUAAUCAUAGAUUAAAGGAAAACAAUUGGACAGGUGCGAAUGCACGUGUUUUAAGAAUUCUAGUAAAAGAACCAACCAUUUUAAAUGUAUCAAGUUUCAGAGAUAAGUCAGGAACUCAAGGAGCAGAACAAACAAAACUUAUCCAUACAUAUGCUGCAUAUAUUGAAGAAAAAGUAGCUGUAUAUAGAGAAUUAAAAAUUGAUUUUGUCAGAGAAAAAUUAGAUAAUGGUGAUAGCCGAUUAAGAAAACUCUCAGUUGAAAAAGGCCUUUUACGGGAGGUCGAAAUACUUCAACGUCAAAUUGCAGCUUUGUUAAAUUGCAAGUUCUUUGUAGAUGAAAUAGAUAAUGAAGUAACAUUGGCAGCAUUUCGACUCCUAGUUGAGGAUUUGCUCACACUAUUUCAAGCUAUUAAUGAGGGUGUCAUCAAUGUUCUAGAACAUUAUAUUGAAAUGUCACAAUUUGAUGCUAAAACCUCUCUGAAUAUAUAUAAAAAAUAUGUCCAACAGACUGAAAAGGUGGUUGAUUAUCUUAGCAUAGCAAAAAAAAUGCAAUCCGCUCUUAGAAUGAGCGUUCCUAACUUAAAACAUGCUCCUACAUCACUAACAGCUACUCUAGAAGAGUAUGUUAAUGAUCCAGAUUUUGAGGAAAAUAGACGACAAUAUAAACUUUUACAAGAAAAGAAGAAAAGUAAUGAUAUCAGAGGCCCUUCGAAUGACACUCCUAAAAAUACUGUAAAAAGUGUAGAAACUUCUGUUCCUCCAAUCGUUACCAGACCACUCUCAAAAGAAAAAGAGUUUGUAGAUUUUUUCUCAAGCAUAGAACAAGAACAAACUUUGAUCUUUGGACCACUUCAAACAUAUACACCCACGAGCACGUUGAGUCGCAGCGCUACCAACCCAUUUGUAGGGAUACAACAUCAGCAGAUAAACGAAUUUUCUUCACAGCCUCAGAUAAUUCAAUCACCAUUAAUUCAAUCGCCGUUAACUCAAUCACCGUUGACUUCUCAAGACACUAAUCCGUUUCGAGCUUCCAUGUUUGGUCAAGAUAUGUCCACUAAUAGAUCUUCAAUUUUACCAUCUGUCCCAACAGUUGUGCAGCAAAACCCAUUUCAAUCGUCUAUAUCUUCUCAAUCGUCUAUACCUUCUCCUUAUAAUAAUCCAUUUACUUCUAUGAAUACUGUUCAAACUCAACAAUUAUCUUUACAAUCUAUGCCAAUAACAUCAAUUCAACCUAUUACACCUUUAGAAGUAGAUAGUAACCCAUUUAGGAGGUCUACCAUACUUCCAACUACACUUAACCCUUUUCCUCAAUCAGUGCCUCAAGGUCCUCCCAUAAAUUAUCAGACUAAUCCCAUGAAUUCUUCUGAUUCUUCAUUUCCUAUUAACCAAUUUUAA